AUGAAGACAUCCAGAACUGCCACCGCCUCGUCACUGGUAAAUGGGAAUCAAAGUGACGAGAGGCGGCAGAGGAAGAUGGCAGACAUCGCUCAAGCCUUGCAAGCGAGUCCAGCGGACGUGGCGGCCCUCAGGAGGAUGGCCAUUAGCGAGGGUGGCCUGCUUACGGACGAGUUGCGCUGUCAGGUUUGGCCGCGCCUCCUCAACGUCCCGCCCAACAUCUUGGAGCAGGAGCCAGAGAUAGUGGAGCGGAACAACAACAAGGACUAUAACCAGGUGCUAUUGGAUGUUCAGCGGUCACUACGAAGGUUCCCUCCAGGUAUGCCGGAUGAGCAGCGCGAGGGUCUCCAGGAGGAACUUAUAGACAUCAUCCUCCGCGUGCUAAAGCGGAAUCCUCAGUUGCACUACUACCAAGGUUACCACGACAUCGUGGUCACCUUUCUCCUCGUCCUGGGCGAGCGCUUGGCCACCGCCCUCGUGGAAAAACUCUCGACGCAUCACCUCAGGGACUUCAUGGACCCCACCAUGGACAACACCAAACACAUCCUCAACUACCUGAUGCCCAUCAUCGAGAGGGUUAACCCCGAGGUGCAUGAUUUCAUGCAACAGGCUGAGGUGGGCACCGUUUUUGCGCUCAGCUGGCUGAUCACCUGGUUCGGUCACGUACUGUCAGACUUCCGCCACGUGGUACGGUUGUACGACUUCUUCCUGGCCUGCCACCCGCUCAUGCCUAUUUACUUCGCAGCCGUGAUCGUACUGUACAGAGAAGAGGAAGUGCUGGAAUGCGAGUGCGACAUGGCGAUGGUCCAUCACCUGCUGUCUCAGAUCCCUCAGGAUCUGCCCUACGAGACCCUCAUCAGCCGGGCAGGGGAUCUGUUUGUUCAGUUUCCCCCAUCCGAGCUAGCUAGAGAGGCCGCCACGCACGAUUGCAUGGCGACCACCACCUUUAAGGACUUUGACCUGGCUUCGACGCAACAGCGACCCGACUCGGUGCUCCGUCGUCGGCGGAAGCAGCAGCAAGAGGUGCCCGAGCGCUCGGUAGUGGCCCGACCGUCUGUGACGCGCCGCUUCGUACGCUUGGCGGUAAUGGGCCUGACUGUGGCUUUGGGGGCGGCGGCGCUGGCUGUGGUCAACACCGCCCUUGAGUGGGCCCCCAAGCUGGACCUUUUUCCGUGA